CGGCGCGCGGGACGGGGCUCGACCGGCCUCUCGUGCGUGGGCGCCUCGGCCCUGUGUCCCGGCUCGCAGACCCCCGAGGACGCUUGGCCGGGGCAUCCCGCUCGCUGGAGCCGGGAGCGGGUCGGGCCGCGCGGACGGGACCGGGCUGUCGCUCCCCGAGGCGCUGACGCCGUCCGCUCGGUGGUGUAGAUGGGGCAGUGCCCGGCACUCCCCGGGACGUCGGACAGGCAGUGGGAGCACGGAGCAGAUGCUAGGAGGGGCAGAGCAUGUAAGAGGACUGCUUUAGUCCUCUUACCGGAUUAAACCGGGCUGGAUCCUGAUCUGGUACUUAGCUGGCCAAAGGGACGUGGAGCUGGCUGGUUCACAUUGCCUGUGUCUGGUUUCCUGUGCUGUAAAAUGAAGCUUGGAGACCAGACCGUGCGACAUGGGGCUCACCAAGCAGUACCUCCGCUACGUUGCUAGUGCAGUUUUCGGCCUUAUUGGCAGCCAAAAAGGCAGUAUUGUCUUCGUGACACUCCGUGGUGAAAAGGGGCGCUACGUGGCAGUGCCUGCCUGCGAGCAUGUUUUCAUCUGGGACUUAAGGAAAGGAGAAAAGAUCCUCAUUCUUCGGGGGCUUAAACAAGAAGUCACUUGCCUGUGCCCAUCCCCAGAUGGACUGCACUUGGCGGUAGGCUAUGAGGAUGGCUCUAUCCGAAUCUUUAGUCUCCUGAGUGGGGAAGGAAAUGUGACAUUCAAUGGACACAAAGCAGCCAUCACGUCUUUGAAGUAUGACCAGCUAGGGGGCAGAUUGGCAUCUGGCUCCAAGGACACGGACGUUAUUGUGUGGGAUGUGAUCAAUGAAAGUGGUCUGUACCGUCUCAAGGGACACAAAGAUGCUGUCACACAAGCGUUGUUUCUCCGGGAGAAGAAUCUGCUGGUUACCAGUGGGAAGGACACCACAGUGAAGUGGUGGGACCUUGACACUCAGCACUGCUUCAAGACAAUGGUCGACCACCGGACUGAGGUGUGGGGAUUGGUGCUGGUGUCUCAAGACCAGCGACUCAUCACAGGUUCUUCUGACAGUGAGCUGCGUGCCUGGGACAUAGGCUACCUGCAGGAGGUUGAAGAUCCUGAAGAACCAGAGCCCAAGAAAGCCAAAGGGUCUUCACCCAGGGAACAAGACCUGCGUGAGUUCCAGGAUGUGGCCCUUGAGGCGGAUGAAUCUCCAGAGGAUCGCAUCCUUACCUGCAGAAAAGCUGGGUCCCUAAUGAGGGAAGGAAGGGACAGAGUCGUGAACCUCGCUGUAGACAGAGCAGGCAAGAUUCUGGCUUGUCAUGGAACAGAUUCUGUGCUAGAAGUCUUUUCUAUCCUUUCCAAAGAGGAAAUUCAGAAGAAAAUGGAUAAGAAGAGGAAGAAAGCUAAAAAGAAAGCAAGAUUAAAUUCUGACAAAGGGGAAGAGGAAGAUCUUGAAGUCACUGUUGAAAUGACAUUGCAAGAUGAAAUUCAACGGUUGACCAAUAUCAGAACUUCUGCCAAAAUCAAGUCCUUUGACUUGAUUCACUCGCCGCAGGGAGAGCUGAAGGCCGUCUUCCUGCUACAGAACAACUUGGUGGAAUUGUAUUCACUGAACCCAUCGGCGCCAGCUCCUCAGCCGGCCAGGACCAACAGAAUCACCAUUGGGGGCCACCGCAGCGAUGUCCGGACCCUGUCAUUCAGUUCAGACAACAUUGCUGUCCUCUCCGCCUCAGCUGAGUCUGCUAAGAUAUGGAACAGGUCUACGCUGCAGUGCAUUCGCACAAUGACCUGUGAAUACGCGCUCUGCUCCUUCUUUGUUCCCGGCGACAGGCAGGUGAUCAUAGGAACAAAGACAGGAAAGCUCCAGAUUUAUGACUUGGCCUCAGGAAGUCUGCUGGAGGCUAUUGACGCACACGAGGGGGCCUUAUGGUCCAUGUGUCUCUCCCCAGACCAGCAUGGCUUUGUGACGGGGGGUGCAGAUAAAUCUGUCAAAUUCUGGGAUUUUGAGCUGGUGAAAGAUGAAAAUAGUACCCAAAAGCGACUUUCUGUGAAGCAGACCCGGACCCUGCAACUGGAUGAAGAUGUCCUGUGUGUCAGUUACUCUCCCAACCAGAAGUUGCUAGCUGUGUCUUUGCUGGACUGUACUGUGAAAGUUUUUUAUGUUGACACCUUAAAGUUUUUCCUCUCACUGUAUGGACACAAACUGCCCGUUAUAUGCAUGGACAUCUCUUAUGAUGGGGCACUCAUAGCCACGGGCUCUGCCGACAGGAAUGUGAAGAUCUGGGGUCUGGACUUUGGAGACUGUCAUAAGUCCCUCUUUGCACACGAUGACAGUGUCAUGUUCCUGAAGUUUGUGCCCAAAUCUCACCUCUUCUUCACUGCUGGCAAAGACCGGAAGAUUAAGCAGUGGGAUGCUGAUAAAUUUGAACACAUACAAACUCUGGAGGGGCACCACCAGGAAAUCUGGUGCUUGGCCAUUAGCCCUAGUGGAGACUAUGUUGUGUCAUCGUCCCAUGACAAGUCCUUGAGGCUUUGGGAGAGAACCAGAGAGCCUCUUAUUCUUGAAGAGGAGCGGGAGAUGGAAAGGGAAGCAGAGUAUGAAGAGAGUGUGGCCAAAGAAGACCAGCCAGCAGUCCCAGGGGAGACUCAAGGGGAGAAUUAUUUUACUGGGAAAAAAACUAUUGAAACCGUCAAAGCAGCUGAAAGGAUCAUGGAGGCUAUUGAGCUAUACCGAGAAGAAACUGCAAAAAUGAAAGAACACAAAGCCAUUUGCAAGGCUGCCGGGAAAGAGGUUCGUCUUCCCGUUAACCCCAUCCUGAUGGCAUACGGCAACAUCUCUCCUUCAGCUUAUGUGCUAGAGAUUUUGAAAGGAGUCAGAUCCAGUGAGCUGGAAGAGUCUCUGCUCGUGCUGCCCUUCUCCUACGUCCCAGACAUCCUCACACUCUUCAACGAGUUCAUCCAGUGGGGCUCUGAUGUCGAGCUCCUGUGCCGCUGCCUCUUCUUCCUCCUCAGGAUUCACUUUGGGCAGAUCACUAGCAACCAAAUGCUUGUGCCAGUAAUUGAAAAAUUAAAGGAAACAACUAUUUCCAAGGUCAGCCAAGUCCGGGAUGUUAUUGGCUUCAAUAUGGCAGGCCUUGAUUAUCUCAAGAGGGAAUUCGAAGCAAAAAGUGAAGUCAUGUUUUUUGCUGAUGCCACUAGCCAAUUGGAGGAGAAAAAGAGGAAGAGGAAAAAAAGGGAGAAGUUAAUCUUAACCCUGACUUAAGAUCUAAAUGUGGUACCUUUGUCGACUUUUUUUAACACAGAACUUCCAGACUGCAGAGUUAGUAGUAUCAGCUUUAAAAUAACCAGAUGACAAACGUCAUCAUCCACGUGUUGGAGAUCUCUGGAUGGUUCCAGCUAGCUUGGCCUGAAAGAAUUCCAAUCUGGCAGGCUCUCUCUCGAGCACACUCUCGCCUUCUCUUCUCCCUCUCCUCCCUCCCUCUUUCCCUCUCUCUCGCUCUGUCUCUCCAUCCCUCCCUUCCCCCCCCCCCCCCAGAACCAUGCUUAGUUUUAAAAAAGAAAAGAAAAUAUUCCUUUGCUGCCAAAGAUCAAUCCUUGAGCCCUGUAGGACUUCUUCCCUUUAUGUCCCAAUAGAAAACAAAGGAUUUUUCCAAAUUAGGUGGUUUUUUUUCCCCCCUCACUGGAUUUGAGAUGAGCGUUUCCACAGUUUUUCUUAUUUAAUGACAGGUUUGUUGGGUUAUUUACUACCUGUUUGUAUUAGGUCCUGCCUUCUACUGAAAUAAUCAGGUGUCUGAAUUGAUUGUCCUCAACCCAUUAAUACGUGCUGGCAUGGACUUAGAGAGCUAAAAGGAGCUAUAAAGUUGAUCUGGAACAGCCAACCUUAAAUUUAACCUUGUAGGUUGUUAUAUCUGUAUAUAAAAAGGCCUUUAUUGCUGUUUAUAUGUCUCUAAAUAAAAUUGUUAUUUCUA